AAUAAAAGAACUAUACAGGAGUAGAGGCGCGGGAGCUGCUCGAGGGCUGGGUGAUCUGAACGACUUGUCAGACUUCUGCCUGCAGCCGUCGCAGGACAUGGAUGAAGAGGAGGCGCGACGCUUCCAGGAGGAGCAAGAUGCUGAGGUGGCGCGGCUGCUGGGCGACCAGGAGCUCAAGAGACGCGGCGACUGCCUGCCCCAGGACCAGCUCAUGGCGAUACAGGCCCAGGAUCAGGAGCUCGCCAAGGUCCUGCAGGAGCAGGAAAGAGCGAAAGCAAAGAAAGCCCGCGAAAAAGCGCGCCAAAAAGCCCUUCAAAAGAAGCAACUAAAGCGCCAGCGGCAAGAAGAGAGACGCCCCAGCCGGCAGCAGCACCGGCAGGAGCAGCAGGCCGCGGAGGUAGGAGGCGGUGAAGGCAGCGCUAGCUUUGUGGUGGCGGCUGAGGUGCACAAUCCUUGCUUUCCACCCUGUCAGGGCAUCCCAGAUCCCAUGCUUGGUAUUCCUGACUCCUUCCCCUGUAUCUCUGGGAGUUCUGGUGUGCGUGGAAUCUCCGCUGGUAUUCCCGGAUCCUCUGCAAUCCCCUUGUCCUCACCUAGUAACAACUCUCCUGGAUCUCGUCCUCCAUUGUCCCCUGAAAAUCUACUUAACGAGCCUCGAAUUUCGGAGACUUCGAACCGAGAUAAUGAGUCAGAUAGCCGCCAGCAGGAACCUCAUAACCUUCUGCAUGAGUCAGUCAACAGCCACCAUGAGCCUCAUAACCUUCUGCCGGAGUCAGCUAACCGUCAGCAACAGCCUUAUAGUCAGACUGCAAAUAAGGACUACCGCCUAAAUGCUCUCGAGUCACCACGAUAUGCUUUACGGCCUCAUCGGGCUGGAGUGUCCGAGAGAAGCUGCCAUAAGAGUGACGUCGGAGGAACCUCUCCUUCUAGCAAAUUAAAUCAGAACAAAAAUCACAUGCCUCUCUUCGACUCUCGGCAAUAUGACCUGGAACAUCCUCAGUCCCCAAACGACAUUCGUCAGAUACAUGAUAAGUCUCAUCCGUCGCACAACGACUCUCGACGGGUCCUCGAUGAGUUUCGUCGGUCUCAUAACGAAUCUCGCCAGUCUCACAACGAAUCUCGUCAGUCUGACUACGAAUCUCACCAGUCUCACCACGAAUCUCGCCAGUCUCACAACGAAUCUCGUCGGUCUCACAACGUAUCCCGUCAGCCUAACGAGUCCCUUCAGUCUCUCGACGUCUCUUGCACGUCUCGCUAUGAAUCUCGACAGUCUCUAACCCACACGCCUAUUAGUCAAGAAGACGCAUAUGAACUGCUCAGUGAUCCACAUCAUUCCCACAAUUCAGCCGCUAAGACUACGUCCUAUCAUUCUCCCCUCCCCAUGUCCGAUGAAUCGUCUCGGCGACGAGAAGAUGAUCCUCGCCACCGUAACAGUUACCAGUCACCUCGACUAAGCUCUUCACCUGCCGGAUCUUCUCAGCUUCCCGACGAUAAUAGCCGUGUUCUCGACGCUCGACAUGACAAUGAUUUCCUUCUGUCUUCAUAUACUCCACCUUUAGUACGCGCUGAUUCUGAUCAUCUCUAUGAUACACCUGCUGACGAUCUUUUUACACGGUCAAGGUCUCCUAGUUCGGAGCAGAACUCUUCGGCUGCGACUUUGAAGUCAACAGCUCAUUUACGUAAUGCAGGUAAAUUGAAUCCGAGUGAACGAGGAAGUGCAAGUUUACAAGAGUCUUCUGUAGCUCAAAUUUUUAAUGACGUUGUAGAGCCUUACGCUUCUCAGCCGAUCGUACUUCCGAGGACCGUAGCUCCUAGGUCUGUCCCUUUACCUCGCAUUCCUUCUCCGCCUUCGUCGCACAACACGACGCAGGAUUCUUCGUUUGACGACCUAGGUCAUCACUACGACACACCGAGCCUGCUGCUUGCCAAUCAUUAUGAUUCUUCUUCUAACCCUCCUGCUCCUCAGCCCAGGCUGACGUCUCCUACAUAUUCCAAGUCUCCUCAACCUUCUGUCGAUUCCCAAGCGCUCCUUGAAUAUAAUCGUGCACGCUCCACCACCAUUUCUCCUGAAAAUUUCGACUCGCGUAGAUACUCGGGCUCCUCGUCUACUUCGCCUCGUGUGCCCGCGGCCCUGAAUCAAAAUUUUCCUAUUGUGUCUCAGUCCGGCAUGUCUUCUUUUGAUGGUGAUUUUGAUGGCUCUGAGUGUAUGACCAACAGUCAUCGACCAAUAACUGAAAACAUGACAAGUACCCAUUCUGUUCAUCGCCCAACUUCUCCAUUUAGAAUUAGUCCUUAUCUCGAAUCUUCCUCUCGAGACGUUACAUCUCGUCAGUCAUCACCUCGCGGCAUGAUCUCCGAUCGUCCAAGUGCCAAUAAGAUAUCCCCAACUGGCGCCCCCAGCAGCAGUUCAUCUCGCGACUGCGUUCGUUCACCCGAUAUCUCCCACACGCCCGACGCCAAGCACGCCCUCGGCCGGCCGCGCUCCAUGGCUGAGGUGAUGCAGCAACUGCAACUGUCGCCCCAGGACCGCAGGACCAGCGUUGGGGCCUUGCUGGAUGACCAACUACCGCCAUAUCAGGAAACUGCUGGUUUGUCAUCAACCGAGCCAUCGCAUUCGUCACCUGCUCUUCCUUGUCCCUCCUCAUCGUCUUCGUCCACAUCGUCGCACACGUCGGAGGGCGCCGUCACGAAUGCCCCAAACUCUCAUCCUCUUGCACAGCACAGACCGAUGACGCACCAGCAUCAAUUGCUACACCAGCAACACAAGCAUCAGCAACAUGUUUUGGCACACAACCAGCAAAAUCCGGCACUUCAGCCACAUAUGACACACCAGCAGCAACAUCAGCAACAUGUGGCGCAGCAGCAACUCAUGAUCCACCAGCAACAUGUAGCUCAUCAACAACAUGUGCACCAACAGCACAUGACUCACCAGUUACACAUGUCACAUCACCCGCACCUGACGGUUGAACAGAACGCGGUGACACAGAGAGAGCAACUGAUUCAUCGGCAUCGUCAUCAGUUCAACAUCGCGUGUGCCAUCGACCCGACGUAUCAACGACGCGUCAUGGACGGUGAUCUGCCAGCCAUGCAAGUACCUCCACCAAUCCGCCACCAUCACCACCAUCCACCACACCUCCUGCAUCACCACCACACUCACCAUCAUCACCCUGACCAUCACCAGCAACAAGUCGUGCUCAUGCAGCAACAACAGUUUGAGUUACAACAAGAAGACGAGCAGCGACGGCAGCAACUGUUCUUGUUACAACAGAAGCAGCAACAGGCGCAAAACCAAGCAGUGCUCAGGAAUCAUGAGCUGCAGCAACGGCCAUACCAGGGGCAGCUACAGCAAAGGAUGUUCGUGCAGCAGCAACCACAACAACUGGCACCUCAAAUCGACACCCCGGAGUCGCCCGCCCCUCCUUACAUGCCCAUCCAGGGUCAGCGGCGCAGUUUUGAGCGAGCUGCUCCCCGCCUGGCAGAGCUGCAGGGCGCCGCUGCGGUGGAGGACGCCAGUCCCAAACUCAGGCUGGGCAAGAACGCCGGCAAGCAGAGUGCUGGGUGCAAGCAGCAGUGAACGCUUUGUCGCUUUAAAUUAAAUUUUAUUUUGCUGAGUACUCGAAGGUUUUCCUGAACACCGGCUCUCUACUGUUCACCAAUCGUGGUUGAACAUUACAAAGAAAAUUAUCCCAUCAUUACUAAUAGUAGGUUGACAUGAUCUAUAGGCAUUUAUGCACGAUCGUUUUUUUUUUUUGCCUGCAAAUUGAACAGCAUUGAUAGCUUAGUUGUUGCCUUGAGUUCCGGUGCGCUCCUUCUAUUGAAGCGCCUGUUAAAGUCCUAUUGAAUUGAUUUAAUCGUUGGCAAAUUUACGUACGGGAACGGAGUCCAGGCUGUACGGGAAUAAACUUUUUUUCUAAGUUUUGUGCAAAGAAUAAUACUCUUUACCUCUGUCCGAGUACUUAAUUAAUUGUUCUCAAGUUCUUACUAUCAAAGCUUUUUCUGCAUUUUUUCUGCAAUUUCAUGAGGAGCAGUGCUUGCUUUAGGUUAAUUAAUUAAUUUGUAUUACACCAACAUGCAACCUUUAAGAAGCAGUUGGUGUAUUGCUGAAAAAUCGUUAACGUUUUUCGUGCCAUAUAUAUAAUGGUCGCCUUGGCUUCGUAACGCUUUUGUUACUCACUGAAAUAUACUAAUCAUAAUGUACUUGAAUUAAAAUAAUCAAUGUUCUUGCAAGCGAUUGGAAUCAGGAAUGAAAGGUGCUUCGUAUGCCUUUCAAAUGUGGCUGAGUUGACAACAGGUGUCAGCGACUCGCUUCUAUAAGCAGGCUUUUGUGCUUUAUUACCUCGUAUUUUGCUUUAAUUUUGCUGCAGCUAUACACUGCCGUCGGGUAUUACUCGCAUCACUUCUGCAUUCCGUCCUUAAAGAUUGCCACUAAUUAGAUUUUAAGAUAUUGUCACUAGCCAGGAUUGAAAUGACUGGAUAUAAAAGAUAUGGUUAAGAGACAAUUAUUCUUUUAUUGGUAAGAGUAAUACCUGCUGUCGUUGGUGGAAGUCGUGUAUUGGAAGCCAUGAACUUUUCGCGCGACUGUAUUUUAUGCGUUCAUUUUGUGCACCUUGAGCAUUGGUAGGCUACGCAGUACGCACCAUUACGUGAAUACAAAAUGAGCUUGAAUAAACAAUUUGUCAUCGCAUGCACUUCUGUCAAAAUGACAAUUUUAAAUUAUAGUAAAACAUGUCCAAGAUAGAGUAAAUUUUAGUAUCCAGCG